GGCCCUCCUGCAUCGUGCGGGCAGCCAUUUUUUGGCACCCUGUACGAGACUGGUCUACCUGGUCUUGUUGUGUCGUUUGUCAGGGCCUACGAUAGUACAACAUAGUACUCAGUGAUAGUAGUACCAUUCCCUAUGCGCUAUGCCAGCUACUACUAGUACUACAGUUCGUAGACCUACGGUACGACAACCGAGUGAUCUUCGGCCAUUACCAAAACUUGAAAAAGUUACUUCCGCAAAGUUCGCUGCCACGAGAAUAGGAAAAGGACAGAGUCUGCUGUUGUUCUCCGAUAGAAAGGCCCGUUCCUACUCCAGGACUGAGCGCGGGAGUCCCAACUAACUGUUACUUGUGACACAGAUUCAGCAUCAGGCAGUGCUAUUUGCCGUGUGGUAAUCUCGAGUACAAGAUGGAAGUCCCACACACGAAAAUAUUGCCUCUCUGCGCAGUCGCUCUGGUGCUGGUGCUUGGUGCUAUCCCCAACAGUGUUGAUGGAGUCCAGCUGGUCACAUUCCCUGGUCGCACGUUGCCUGCAUACUAUCUAAAUGGUCAAGACAUAGCCUCAAUCGGACAUUGGUACAUGCCGAUUUGCUUCCCCGACGCGCAGUCUGGCGAGACCGGCAACUUCAUUCGCCUCACCAAUCUCAACACCUCAAUGGUCGCGGGAAGUCACGGUGCGUUCUCUGCGCAGCAAGACGACGUGGAGGCAGAGUGGGACACGGUCAAUUUCCGGUACCUCUCGCCGUCCUACACCGGCCUCUACCAGUGCAUCACGGACACGGCGUCGUCGGCGGUGACCUACCAGCUGAACGUUGUCGUUCCACCCAACAUCACCCGGUUCACUGCUGCUACCACCGCGGGCAACACGGUCGUUCGGUGCACGGUGACAGGGUUUCCCGAGCCGAAUGUAGCGCUGACGAUUGGCGGCACUGGAAGCCAGAUGGCCAGCAUCACCAAGAGCAACUUGACCGCUGGCGUCUACACGAAGACCUACGAGGCGCUGCUGAGCGGCGUGGGCCCGUCGGACAGCGUCACGUGUUCGGUCACCACCAGCCAGCCAGCGUUCGCCUGCUCGCCCGCUCAGCAGCCGGAGUUGCAGGACCGGUGUUCCAACGCUCCAACGUCGGCGAGCCAGACACUGAACAUCACUGACACUCCAGCAACAUCUGCCGCGACAACCCAAACUCCAACCACAACUGCAGCACCUACAACAACCCAAACUCCCACCACAACCGCACCUGUUGCGACAACCCAAACUCCACCCACAACCGCAGGUCCGUCUACCCAGGCUCCAACUACGCCUGUAGCCCAUGCUAGCCUGCCUCACACAGCAGCUGCUGCCACGACGACGCAACAUGUCCCCACCAGCUCGCCUGCAGUUACAAGUUCUUCAACUGUUGCAGUCACCAAACAAGCAACCGAAUCUCGCACAAAUUCAUCCAGCGAGCCCACACCAGGCGCCAGUGGAAGCAAGCAUGCACUUCGACGUCCUGAGAUCAUUGGCAUCAUCGCUGGCAUUGGCGGCUUUGUGCUGGUGGUCGGUGCCGGCCUCCUCAUUGCACGCCGUUACCGCAUCAAGUCUCAGAAAUUCUACAAUCUGGGGCCCCAGGUCCCCAGCACUAGCUCUGCCUUAUUCUAAUCGGUGACAAGAUGCCGCGCGCUUAUGCUUGCUGACAUAAAUCUCUCUACCAGAGCGCCGUCUUGCGUUCGAGCUGAUAUCGCAUGGCCGUGUGUGAUGCUGUCCUUUUUCUACUCUGAUAAGUGUGUGACGUUUCACAUCAUCAUCCAAUGCCUGCUUCGCUGUUUCUUCCAAAUUCUUUACUUGUGUUCUAGCUGAUAUUGUCUGGCCACAUGCGGUGUUGUCUUUCCUCUGUCUUCAACUGAUCUCUCUCCUCGGUUACGUGUAUGGCGAAUUGAGAGAUUGUUGUGUCCACUCUGCUGCAUACAUGCACACAUUGCACUCGCGCGAAGGAAAUAGUUACCUUCGGGGCAGCUUUCUUUCUUUCCAACUUUUCUCCACCAUUGCGAACAAUG